GGUCGGGGCCGCGGCGCUCGGGGCCGCUCGGAGUGGAGGCCGCCUGGGGGCGGGCGGGCUGGAGGCGCCGGUACAUGUGAAGAUUUUUUUGGCAGUUUAACGUGGAAUCCUUUGACCACAUCACUCUGAUUUCUACCUAUUCUGUGUUGACAAAGGAGAGUGCCCAAAUGAGCAAGAUAUCACAGCCAGCCAGUUCUCCAGGAGUGAACGGAAUCAGUGUCAUUCAUACCCAGGCACAUGCCAGCGGCUUGCAGCAGGUUCCUCAGCUGGUGCCAGCGGGCUCUGGGGGAGGAGGCAAAGCUGUGCCUCCAAGCAAGCAGAGCAAAAAGAGUUCCCCCCUGGAUCGCAACAGUGACGAGUACCGCCAGCGCAGAGAGAGGAACAACAUGGCUGUGAAAAAGAGCCGCUUGAAAAGCAAGCAGAAAGCGCAAGACACCCUGCAAAGAGUGAAUCAGCUCAAGGAAGAGAACGAACGCUUGGAGGCAAAAAUUAAGUUGCUGACAAAGGAAUUAAGUGUACUGAAAGAUUUGUUUCUUGAGCAUGCGCACAACCUUGCAGACAACGUGCAACCCAUUAGCACUGAGAAUACAAGUUCUGAUAAUACAGGGCAGUAGACCUCACUCUUCCGGACUUCACAGCCUGUGGCUUGAGCGUUAAGGUGUGACCGCCUGCACCACUACCCCAACCCCACCAAUGGCUGACUGCGGCCUGUCCAUCACUCAGAUCCAUUGAGCUUGUUUCCAGCAUCAGCACUGGAGAGUUGAUUAACUUGAGUCAUUUUUCUGGUCUUAAGUGGUAAUGGAUUUUUGUAGGGACUUAAAAAAAUUAAGGUAAAUAUUCUUUAUAAAUCCCGCUUCCCAGAAAUGCUUCUUUUUCAGGUUGAUGAAAGGAAUGAGAAGUGGGCAGGUCAUGCAGAAGGUUAAGGGCUUUAAUGGAUAUGAUUACUCCGAUUAAGAAAAGCUGAACUCCAUCUUUGUUCAUAUACUUGUGAUUUUUGUUCUGAAUUGUGUAUUGUAAAUCCUAGUGCCACAGAAACCAAUCACUUUGUAAUUUGGCACAAUUUUAUAUACAACGUAAGUUUGUUUUACUAUAAUUAGUACUGUUUUCCCUAACAAGCGCAAGGUUUUGAACAAUAAUGGCAGGUUAAGUAAAAAUCCAUAAGAAAACCAUAUCUUAAAGGAAGUGUGUAGCUAAUUGGGUGGGAAUACAAACAACAGGAAGCAAAACGAUUUGGAGGAAAAAGCAUGGGUGGCAGGCUCAUGAUUUGGGGGUCCUGUAGCUUCUGUUCUUGGGUUGGCAUUUCCUUAUGCCCUAAAAAGUACCUCAGCGGGUACCCAUUUGAGUUUCUGAGAUGCUAGGAGAGUAAGCCUUUUUAAGAUAGCAUUCUGCAGGCUGGGUUAGUGAAGAAAGGUCUGCAGCUCAGUGACGCAGACUGCUGAUGGGGAUUCGAAAUCCUAAUUCAUCUGGUUUCUUCUGGGUUCACAGUAACUGCCAGUAGGGCCAUGAUAGAAAAGACUUCGAGGGAAGUAUGUUUUGGCAUUUAGUCUCGACAAAAUGAGUGUGAGAAAAAUGUGUCAACUCAGAAUAGUUGAAGAAAACUUGAAAAUAGAAGGUUUUAACCUUUAAUUUAUUUCACCUAGGUGUUUCAUAGUGCUCUUUUGUGACAUUUUCUCGUUAGUGGGCCAUCCUCCCAGACUUCUUACCAAUGCUUCUGUUUAUCCUUUGUGUUCUCUUGUUAUAUAAAUUAUUUUGCAAAAGAAAAUGCUGAUCAAACUCAGGAUACUGACCUUUUUAGUUGAGAAUAAAAAACUGGCAAUCACUAAUGUC